AUGUCAUUGGCGCCAAAAAUUGACGAGAUCGCACAUACGGUUAAUAACAUCGACUCUGAUAUCGCCUUUUUUAGCGAGACUUGGUUACGGGAAAAUGUUCCAGAUGAACCGAUUUCCAUCAACGGCUAUAAGCUUUAUAGGCGGGAUCGUGUUAAUGGUCAGCACGGGGGCGUAUGUAUGUACGUUAAAGAGUCCAUCGAGUGUAAAGUCUUAUCUAACCUUUAUCAUAUAGAUCAUGAAGUUCUUUGGGCAGAGUUGAGACCACAACGUUUGCCACGUGGCUUUUCUAUUAAUAUUAUCGUUGGUGUAGUUUAUCAACCCCCUGAUGCCAAUGACGCCACUAUGAAAGACUAUUUGAUAACAUCUCUGGAGAAUGUCGAGUCAGAGUAUCCUAAUAGCGCAAUUAUUAUGGCGGGAGACUUUAAUAAGACUCUUAUGCCUCUGUUUAGAGCGGCUGUUAGAUCCUUCCAAUUAAAGCCUAUGGUAGAUUUCCCCACCAGGGGAAGCGAUUGUUAG